CUCACUUUUCGAUUUCUUUUCGACUACCCUGACUGUUAGCCAGCGAAUAGAACAUAUUUCCUACCUUUACACUCUUCUUGUCAUAUUGUCUGCUUCUUGUGUAAUUAUUUAUCGCCCACACAACCGCCAAGAUGUCGAAGCCUUUUGAUCCAGAGACGGCGGAGAACUUUGAGGAUAUGGAAAAGCAGUUUGCCGUUAAGGCCGUGGAACAUCUGAUGACAUAUUGGUCGAUUCUGGAGAAGGUCCCCGGCUCGAAACUCCGCCUGACCAAGAUGGACGAUGAGAUUCUCGAGUCUUUCCAGAAGGAAUUCCCCGACUUCGACCCUGCCGAGACGCUCGAUGAGGACAAGAUGAAGAGCAAGGAGGGCAAGGAGAAGUGGCGCAACUGGAUCAACCAGUACGAGAAGAUUAUCGAGGACUUCAACUUCGGUACCAUGCUGCGUGCUAGCCCCAAGGUCGAAUACGACAGAGAUACCACGAUCUUCGCCAUGCGUAUGCAGUUUUACGCCAUCGAGAUCGCUAGAAACCGUGCUGGCCUCAACGACUGGAUCUACGAGCGCGCACAGAAGGCCAACAAAUAAAUUUGAAGCUGCGCUUCUUAUCUGGGCCGUGCAGGAACGGCGGCUAGACGGAAUGGUUCAUCCGGGCCUUUACCGUCCUUGCUUUGCUAGCGUCUAGAAUCUAUGCAGUGACUCAAGUCUUUGAGUUCGACAGCCAUCAUUUACUACCAUGGCCCAUAGGUCUCAUCCGGGUGGUCCAGCAUAGCGUAUAUGACCCUAUAAAAGAGUGGGGAUAGCCCCUCGACAGGGCGCCCUAGGGUGGUACUACCGGAGUGGAUACCUGUACAUAUAACGAGCUGAAUUGAUGCUUUGGAAUGCAGUGAUGGAUAGAAAGACGUGCGGUUGACCCACUAUAUUUUUCCGGUGUACCCGAGAACAAUGGCAACGCAACCCAUUGUUCCUUUCCUC